AUGGAAGCCCCACUGAAGAAAGUGAUCUUGCCAAAUGGCGCAGUGGACUGGGAGGCUUUUCAAGAGUUAGUCACGGAGAAGGACUUCUUGGUCUAUGAUCCGCCGCAGAAGAAGCGGCCUUUCUGGGCCCUGAGCAACCUCAACCUCUUCACUCCCAGAUCGCCCAUUGGAGUUGGCUUUCCCUGCUGUGUGGCUGAAUCAGUGCGAGCCAGAAUGCGAUCGGAAGGCCACGAUGUUCAACAUGCCUACAUCUCCAAGCCAGACGAGUGGUUCUUGAAAAUGCUGGAACCACCAGCGGAGGGCAACCACUGUCCUGAGUUCCUGCGUGGAAUUUGGUGGAUGAAGGACAACGUUGCCAACGAGACCCUUCUGUCCUUUGAGUCGGCCCAUUGGGGUUCUCCUGGCACCAAAAUGGAAGGAGUUGGCAUCAAGCAUGUUUUCAAGAACUGGUCCAAAGGCUCAAGCAUGUGGGGAUCCAUGUUGGCCCGCAGUCAUGAAGAAAUGUUUGGGGUAUUCAAAAUUUCUCCAAAUUUACAGUGGAUCAAUCUGGAUAUGGACAACUGGAUCUACAUCCUGCAAGCUGGUGACAAGCUUGUGGAUCCCAGCGGCAAGCCAGUGCCCUUCACACCGGGAGAUGACUUGCUACGAGUUACUUGGAACGAUCAAGACCCUAAGAAGGGAAUCUACUACCAAUACAUUGUGAGUCGCGUCGCGUUCAAGGACGAGAGCGGCAAAUUGCAGAAAGUCCAUCCUGCCUAUGACGAGCUGUUGGAUCGAGCCACGCGCCCCACCCUUCAAGGUGCUUGCUGUAACCUCUUUCUCUGCAACAUCUCAGACGCAGAGUAUGGUUCGGCAUACGACUGCAUUGACGACCACCAGAUCUACAUCCCGGGGCCCGAACACCCGAGCUGGAAACCUGAUGACUUUCUGAAAGUAGAUCGCGACGCAUAGCUCACACGGUGCCCCAGAGAGUGAAUGCCUUGUUUUAAACGUCUAGCAUUUUGCAGCCCGCUGCAUCGGCGCGAAGCUGAUUCCCGUGGCGGUAGGAUCAUGUAGUAUUCCUUUUUUUUUGGCCUCAGGUGGUUCUAGAUCUUGGCGGACCACUGCAAAAGCAGUCAUUUGCCGUCGUGGUUUUUGACCAGUUUCGGCAAUUGUGGUCCACCAGAGAAGUGAGAGUUUCUUUGUGGCCCGUGGCCCUCUGCCCUAAUGGGCAGGCAAUCCUGAUCAAUCUAUUUUGCUGC